GUCGUAUACAAAUUUUAUAUAUUUUGUAAUUAGUAUUAUUUGUACAUAAUUUGUAUUUAUAAAUUUUAAGUAUUAUAUAGUUAAGAAGUAUAAUAUAUUAAAGUAUAUUAUUUUAUUUGUGAGUUUCCCAUAAUGUUCGAGAAUUUAUCAAUUUGGAAAUGGCAUAUGGACUUUGUGGGACAAAAACAUGCGGAAUAUUUGUUUAGAACCAUUAUUACUAUGUGUGGGUUUAUUGGUUUUAUUUUGGGAUAUGUAAAAGAGCAAUUCUCAAUCACUAUUGGUCUAACAUUAAUUGGAUUUUUCAUCUCUGCUUUACUGACAAUUCCACCUUGGCCUAUUUAUGCUCGCAAUCCACUCAAAUGGCAAAAAGUAAAGAAGGUUAAGAAAAUUGAGAAUAACCUAACCUACGAUGAGUAUAAAGAAGAUAAAAAGAAAGAAAAAAAGAAGACAAAGUGAACUAGUUUAUAGAAUUUUUUUUUAAUAUACUGUUUUUUCCUAUUAUAUUAUAUAAUUUAAAUCAAUUAUUUGAAAUAAAUUUAUGUUACAUAUAUGUUAUAUUACAAGAGUUUAUAUUUACAUUAAAUAUUAUGAUUAGGGCAGGGAAUUUUUUUUUUGUUUACCUUUUAAAAAACAACAAAAAUAACUUAAAAAAUGGGGGAAAGUAAGUAACCGCUCUACUUUAGUUGUUGUGUCUACCUUGUCAUUGUGGUGUAAGUUUAGUCACUGUAAUUUAUACAAUAAAUCAUUGCAUAUUAAAAAACAA